CGUUAUGACGUCAAGCACGCGCCGCGUGUUUUGCGUACGCUCCUGCGGGUGGGUGUCGUGGUCCCAGCUCUCGAGCUUAGGGAAAAGCGUGUUGUGCUCUUGGCCAGCAUGUUUCCGGCUCUCGGCUGUGUGGAUGAGGAAGAGGAGCAAGCGGAGGAGGAUUGCCCAGAACUGGUCCCCAUUGAGACGAAGCAAAGAGAGGAGGAGGAGGAAAAGUUUGACCCCGGCGCUAGGAUCCCAGUCACAAUUAUCACCGGGUAUUUAGGUGCUGGAAAAACAACACUUCUGAACUAUAUUUUGACAGAGCAACAUAGUAAAAGAAUAGCUGUGAUUUUAAAUGAAUUCGGGGAGGGAAGUGCAUUGGAGAAAUCCUUAGCUGUCAGCCAAGGUGGAGAACUCUAUGAAGAAUGGCUGGAACUUAGAAAUGGUUGCCUCUGCUGUUCUGUAAAGGACAAUGGCCUUAGAGCUAUUGAGAAUUUGAUGCAGAAGAAGGGGAAAUUUGAUUACAUACUGUUAGAGACCACUGGAUUAGCAGAUCCUGGUGCAGUAGCUUCUAUGUUUUGGGUUGAUGCUGCAUUAGGGGUUGAUAUUUAUCUUGAUGGUAUUAUAACUGUUGUGGAUUCAAAAUAUGGAUUAAAACAUUUAGCAGAAGAAAAACCCGAUGGCCUUAUCAAUGAAGCUUCUAGGCAAGUUGCUUUGGCAGAUAUCAUCAUCAUCAAUAAAACAGACUUGGUUUCAGAAGAGGAUUUGAACAAAUUAAGAACAACUAUUAGAUCAAUAAAUGGACUGGGAAAAAUUUUGGAAACACAAAGAUCAAGAGUUGAUCUCUCAAAUGUAUUAGAUCUUCAUGCCUUUGACAGUCUCUCUGGAAUAAGUUUGCAGAAAAAACUUCAGCAUAUGUCAACAACACAACCUCACGCUGAUCAGAGUAUUGUUACAGUCACAUUUGAAGUACCAGGAAAUGCAAAGGAAGAAAGUCUCAAUGUAUAUAUUCAGAAUCUUAUCUGGGAAAAGAAUGUGAGCAACAGAGAUGGCAACUGCAUGGAGGUCAUACGGCUAAAGGGGCUGAUAUCAAUCAGAGACAAACCACAACAAGUGAUUGUCCAAGGUGUCCAUGAGCUGUAUGAUCUUGAGGAGACCCCAGUGAGCUGGAAGGACGACACUGAGAGAACAAAUCGGUUGAUUCUUAUUGGCAGGAAUUUAGAUAAGGAUAUCCUUAAACAACUGUUUAUAGCAACUGUGACUGAAACAGAAAAGCGGUGGACAAAACAUAUCAAAGAAGAUCAAGUUUGUCCGUAACACUAGAAGCAUCAAAAUGGUUGGGCGAUAAAAUUGGAAAUAAGUUUCCUAUUAGAUGUAUUUCAAGCAUCCGUUCUUUGCACUACUUCUUUUAUGAAUUCCAGUGUACUUUCAAAUACUAUUUAUUUUAUAGAAUACAUAAAAUAGAGUAAAUCAGUAUUGUGAAACACUUGACAUUCAUACAAUAAAAUACAGUUGUAUCCUCUAAA